CAAAACCUGUCCUGUGGCACCAUCUCCUGGAUCAAGAGAGAACGACUCGCUCUUCAACGACAACCAUCAUGGCGGCCACCACACGGCUCAUAUCAAGGUUGACAGUUGUCACGGGAGGGGGUAGUGGGAUUGGUCGAGCCGUAUGCCAGCGAUUUGCCUCCGAGGGUGCCACGGUGGUGGUCGCUGACAUCAGCGAGGAGUCAGCCAAUCAGACCCUGGGCAGCCUGAACCAUGACCACAAAGGCCAGAACCACAUGGCGUCUGCUGUGGAUGUUUCAUCAAGGGAGAGUGUAGAGAAGCUACUCACAAGCAUACAGUGUCGGUACUUCCAGCCUCCCUCAGUAUGUGUGAAUGCUGCAGGGAUCACUCGGGAUGAGUUCCUCCUGAAAAUGGAGGAUGAGGACUUUGACAAGGUUAUCCAAGUCAACCUAAAGGGUACAUUCCUCCUGACUCAGGCUGUUGGCAAGGCUCUGGUUGCCUGUGGAGCUCCUAAAGGCUCCAUUAUUACCGUGGGCAGCAUUGUGGGCAAGGUGGGCAAUAUUGGACAGGCAAACUACUCUGCUUCCAAAGCAGGUGUGGAGGGCCUUACCAGAACUGCAGCCAAGGAGCUGAGCAGAUAUGGGAUCCGGUGUAACUGUGUGCUUCCAGGGUUUAUAACCACACCCAUGACUGAUAAAGUACCAGAGAAAGUAAUCAGUCAGCUUACGUCCAUGGUGCCACUGGGGAGGAUGGGAGAGCCUUCAGAGGUAGCUGAUGUAUGUGCCUUUCUGGCUUCUGAUGACUCUCGCUACAUCACCGGAACCAGUAUUGAAGUAACAGGAGGCCUUUUCAUUGGCUGAGACAACUUUCCAUCAUCCUCAUUAAGACCAAUGAGGCAAGUUCCCAUCUAGGUCCAGGAAUUGAAUAUUGAUUCAACGUUCACAUUUUGCCUUCACUUGUAAUAAUACAACUGAUUGGGGAUUAAUUUUAUUUUGUAAAUCUAGUCAAUAUGUACAAGGUAAAUAUGCAAUAAAUGAAAACCGAUGUUUGUAA